AUGGAUAGAAAUCGCGAAACAGUGCGGGUUAGUCAGCUCGAUGCUGCAGCGACUAAGAUUCAGAAAGUCUAUAGGGGUCACCGGAUCAGACGUAACCUUUCGGAUUCUAUAGAUCUGCUUGAGGGACUAUGUGGUAGGUGCAAGGACUUAGGCUUUGCAGCUCCGGAACGAAGCACAGAAUCCUUAAAUAUUGAGAAGCAGGAAACUGCUGUGUCACGGUGGUCGCGGAUAGGGAAGGGUUCGGGCAAGGAUGACAGGGCUCAGAAACUAGCUCUGCAACACUGGCUUGAAGAUAGUUACUAUCACCCGUCUGAAGAUAGUUACGAAGAAUUUCUUAGCUUCUUGUGGGACCACCAAGUAGACCUAACCAAUGUCAAAUCAUCAGGCCUCAUUAGCUUCUGGGAUCAACAGCACCAAGUAGGCAACCUAACCAAUGUUGAAUCACCAAAGCUCACACCGGACACCCAUGUUAUAUCAGGAGAGUGGACCUUUUUAAUCACCGCCCUCUGCCUAGAGAUUUUGUCAAUUUCUUUUUAUCAAGCUGCCUCCCCAAGUAAGCCCCGAUAUGCACUAUUUGGUAUGAUAUUGGCUAUUGCAGCUCUACUCAUUUGCAUCUGGGAGCUCGUUUACAAGGGUAAAAAGGAAGGAGUUGUACUGCGGCGGUGGGGAAAGUACUUGUGGUGGUUUUAUUAUCCGCAUUCCACCCAGCUUUUUGGAACUCUUCCCGACUUUUAUGGAUUAAUUGGUAGCACUAUGCAGUGUUUUUGCUCGACAGUUCAAUAUGUUUGGUUCUCUCAACAUGCUGACAAUCCCAUCAAAGUUUCCCUUUGGCCUGCAAUAUUUCUUGUAUGCUUGGGUGCCAAAAGGUUAGCUGAGAUCAAAAUGAGAGCAAUGGACACGGAGAUUAGACAAGGACUAAUUGUGAUUGAGCGAGCAGAUUAAAAAGGUUCGUGAUGGUUGAACCUGUGACUCUACGACUAACAUGGGCAUUCAAGUUAUAACGCCAAUUCGUCUCAGUUAUGUGAUGGCUUGUAUGUUGUUUCUUAUGUGUGCUACUUUUAGUUUGUAGUAUAAUUAGUUUUGCUUCAAACUGAUAAUACAGCAAAAUGAUGAUCGCGGUCUGUAAUUAUACAAACUUAUGUUUCAGGUUUUACCUUAUACAUGGAUUUGAAGUGAUUAAUCUUUGCUGAUAAUUUAAUCUGCAAAACAUUCUUGGAUCUCGAAACUUUGUUCUUUGAUUGU